AUGUUGAUAAAAGGCGCUGAGUAUACAGUAAGCACCUGUGUGGUAGGUUCUCUGCAGCAGUCUAUAAAGGAAGAUCUGACCAGGAGCGCCAGUUUAUCCGACAAGGCUAAGGAGGCUCGUGUCAGGAGUCAGAUCAUUGCUGCACAGCUCACCGUCCCUUCCAACUCCACCUCCAGAGGUGUGCAGCUCUUUAACCGACGCAAGCAAAGAGUCAGCGCCUUCACGCUCGAAAGCUGUGGAGAGUGGUCAGGGGAGAGCAGAGCUGAGAAUGUGAAAACAAACCCGUCAUUUAACAAACUAACAUGGGCAGAGAGGAGCACUGAGGAAAAGGACAGAGACCUGAACUUUAAGAAUAGUGCUAAGCCAGUCUUGUCACCACCUGGGAGAGUACAUUCAGCGGGUGGUAUCAUGGAGGAACCAAGUCAGGAUUUCUACAGGGAAGACGGCAUUGAGGACAGUGUUAUCCAAGAGAGACAUUUCCUCCCUGUCAAGGAAGAGCAGCAGGAAGAGGAUAAUGCAAGAGAUAAAAUCCAUGAGGACGACAAAGUGAAGGAUGAAAUUCCCCCUGGAAGUAAUUAUACUAAUCCAGUUCUGAUGGGGCAUGCUGAAGGUGAAGCAGAGAUAAAUGGGGGCCACACAGGGCCAUUUCCCACUGGAAAGCUUCAUAAUGGCUGCCACAGUACCUCUGGACCUGAGGGGGUGUCUGUUACCACAUCCAAGCAGACAAGCACCAUCAUCAAUCGUACUGCUAGGCCCUUUUUCUCGCCGCUGACAGUGCAGUCUCCAGAGGCUGUCAGCCCGGUCAUGGACAUUCCCCCUCCUCCUUCUUACAACACUCCUCCUCUCCCUACUUUCACUGCUCCUCAACCUUUGGCGUUCUCACCACCACCUCCGCCUCCGUCAUAUCCACACCUCCUCUACCGGCCUUUUUGACAACCCCCGCAGGCCAACAACUCCAGUCCACCGCCUUUGUCUCCUGUCAUGUCUCCUUUCUCCCCUCCACCAUCUCAGUUCCCGGUGUCUUCAGUAUCUCAGUACCCACCCAUGCCCCAUUAUGGCCCACCCACAGCCACAAAGCCCUCCACCUUCGUUCCUCAGCCUGCUGGAGAGAGGAUGCCGAUAACACCAAUCAAAACAGGAAUACUUGAGGAGGGUGCUGCUAAAAGGGGAAGUAGGAAAGCAAUGUUCACAUUCAAAGAGAAGACAGUGGUGGCUCCGAACCCUGAGCUGCUUUCUCUGGUGCAGGGGGUGGAUGAAAGGAAGAAGCAUGGAUGUAGAUCUGUGCCUGAGCCAGCUUCCGAGGAAGAGUUGCUGGCGUUGGGUGCAGAGGCCUCCAACUUCCUCGCCAAGGAAGAGGACAGGACAGAGGAGGCAAAAGCGCCAGAGUGGGCUUCCUGCCUCAAGACCUCCAGGACUCGUCCGAGGGCAGAGCACAGGCCAGAGCACACCCUCACCAAUGUAUCAGGAAAGGGGGCUGAGCUGUUUGCCAAGCGUCAGUCCAGGAUGGAAAAAUACGUUGUUGAGAAGCAAAAUGCAGCACAGAUUAGGUGUCCUUCUCCCACCAUGUCUCUGCCACCAUCUUGGGUGUUUCCAUCAAACAUGCCCGGCAGAGUCAAGGCCAUCGCUAAAAACUCUGACAUGAGUGCUCAGCUUUCACAAACCCUAAAAGCCCAACAAGUAGUCAAGCAAAAACCAAGGGGAAAAGCCCCAGCACCAGAGCCAAUUCCAGAGCCGCCUCCUUUAGAAAAUGGCUGCUCCAAGAUAGAGAUGGACCUGUCAAGGCACCAGCCCUACCAGCUUUCUCUUCCCUCUUCAUCCUUAACCCAGUCAAGGACCCCAUUAGUACCCUACCCAGAAGAGCACCACAGUCCAAGAGCGUGGUAUCUACCCAGUCUUUCUCAAGACAGACUUCCUUACCUACUAACGCUCCUUCUCACUACAGUGCCCAGUGUAUGUCUCCACAGCUGCCUCUCAGCCCCACAAGAGAAGCAGAAUGUCCACCAAAUCCAGCCUAUGGGCAGCCAAGGAUCAGCUCUCCUAUGUCGGCUUUUUCUCCAGAGCGAGUGUCCUCUCCUCGGUCAGGGGUCCAGGCACCAAGGCCCACUUUUUCUGCAAAGAAGGCAGGGAUUGCCCCACAGACACCAACGGAAUCCUCCCCAGUUGAAACCCCCAGUGAGACUCCCACACCAACCAGGACGCCCAGCCUCACCAGAUGUUUCAGCAGCCCAGAAGGCCCGGCCAGUGGGACCUGGACUCCCAGCCUCCAAACUAAUCGGCCCUCCACCACCAGUUCUAGCCGCACAGUGAUCUCCCCCGUAUCCUCUCCCAGGGGUGCAAGAUGCCAAUCUCCUAUGGUCAGUCACAAUAUCCAAUUGUCCCCGCUUACCUCCACUGCAGCAUCCAGAUCCUCUCAAACAUCUACAGCCACCUCUUCACGCUCUCUUCCUUGGGGUUCAAGAUGUCAGUCCCCAAUGGUGAGCCACAAUAUCCAUUCCUCCAGCAUCUCCUCCAGUCCUGGUUCCAAACCCUCACAGACGUUUACGACUACUUCCCCUCUUUCUCCUCCU